AUGUUAUCUACAAAGCCGGUGGUUGCUGUCUUGUACCAGGCUCUCGCGCCGCCCAUGUAUGGGGGGGUGAGCAAGCCGCCUAAACCUGGUGGUUACCGUGACUCUGGCUCUGAUGUUGCAUAUACAUUGAAAAACGCUGGAAUAUCCGUCCUCACACCGGUAGACUCUCCAGACCCGGCAAACCAGGACCAUUGGUGUUUUCCCGACACCGAGACAGGCAUUCUCGAAGCGCUGCAGAAGGGUGCAACACACCUCUGGGCCAAUACAGUCCUCUUUGCAGACCACCCUAUUCAAGCAUCUGCUAAAUUGACCCCGUUUGAAACUCGUGUUAGAGUCGUUGGUCAGCCGCCGCUUUGUGCAGAUCGAUUUGACGACAAGUCGUUCGUGAAUGAUGAACUACGGCGGUAUGGCGGUCUGAAACUACCUAGAUCAUGGACAGUGCAUGAUCCACAAUCAAAGAAAGAUGACCCUGCUACGGUUCAGCAAACUUUGGAUAAUGUUCUCGCCACAAUUAAAGAGAGCGACUACCCGAUCGUCGCGAAACCGGUUCGUGGACGAGGUAGCCACGGCGUCAAGAUUUGCCGCAAUUCAACUGAACUGAAAGAGCAUGUCACUCAAUUACUCGACGAGUCGCCGUGUGUUUUGUUAGAAGAAUACCUCACCGGGGAAGAAGGUACUAUUACUAUCAUGCCUCCAUCUCAACAGCCGGCAUCAGGAAUAGAAUGGUCAGAUCGCCAUGCAAGCCACUGGGCCCUGCCGCCUGUGACUCGAUUCAACCACGUUGAUGGCAUCGCUCCUUACAGUGGCAAAGUGGCUGUCACUGUCAACUCGCGGGCUGUGUCCGCCGCGGAGAUCGAGGCCGACUCCGCCUACUCAGAGAUCAUGAGGGAUUGUGAAAAGGUUGGAAGCUUGUUACAGACAGCAGCGCCACUGAGAAUUGAUAUUCGAAGGUUUGGUCCGAAUUCAAAUUUUGCUUUGUUCGACAUUAACAUGAAGCCGAACAUCACCGGCCCUGGUCGCCCUGGUCGUGACGAUCAAACAAGCCUGAUGGGACUCGCAGCCGGAAGCAUGGGCUGGGACUACCCAAAGUUCCUACAAUAUGUGCUUGGAUCAGCGCAGAGCCUGGGCCAACUUCGCAAUUUCACGAGUCCUUUACUUGGCUGA